GUCAGUUGCAAAACAUUACGGAAACUCAAAAAUAGUUCUUGUUUCGUGUCACUAGUACGUAUGAAUAUUACUUAAAUUCUCAGUAAACAAAUUCCAACAUUCGGCAACCGGUUUAUGCGCAACAAAAUUUGAAAAUAUUUGAGAACUACAGAACCUACACCGACCAGCAUGGAGGAUUUGGCAUUGUUUCGUAUUAAGCGGGAAUUCCAGGAGGUCAUGAGCAGCGAGGUGAUCACACAGUGUUCCAUAAAGAUCGAGCUGGUCAAUGACAAUUGGACAGAGCUGCGCGGCGAGAUAGCUGGGCCCCCAGACACACCAUACGAAGGGGGGAAGUUUGUGCUGGAUAUUAAGAUGCCGCACAAUUAUCCCUUUAGACCGCCAAAGGUUCGUUUUGUAACUGCCAUCUGGCAUCCCAACGUCUCAUCGAUGACUGGCACCAUUUGCUUGGACAUUCUCAAGUCCAACUGGGCUGCGGCCAUGUCCCUGCGCACCAUUUUGCUGUCCGUGCAAUCCCUGCUGGCCUCUGCCGAGCCCGAUGAUCCCCAGGACGCUGUGGUUGGCCGUCAGUUCCUGAGAAACUACGAUAUGUUUCAGAUGACUGCAGAGCACUGGACGAACGCGUACGCCGGCGGACCGCAUUCUUUUCCCGAUUGUGAUGCCAAAAUUCAACAUCUCAAGGAUUUGGGCGUGGAAGAGAAUUGUGCGCGCAGUGUCCUCUCCAAAGAGGACUGGAACUUGGAAAGUGCCGCCGCGUGGCUGUUCCGUUAGGUUGCCAAGCCCACAGUUGUAGCUCAAUUGUCAACACUCGUGAAUAUCUAGUA